UUUAAUUUCCACCUGAAAACUAUCUCAAAUGACAAAGACUGAGGGCAUAGAUUAUUGAGUUCAAUUUGCUGUCAUACAUGGAAUUGUUUGCUCAAUAAUUGUCGAUUCUUUCACCACUUUCUGUUGUAUAGAUUGUACUGUUUAGUUCAGGAAAAUGUGAAGUAAUCUUUAGAUAAUUGUUUUCCAGGGGAAAAGUGAAGAUUUAUUAAGAUAACUUUAUAAUGAUUUUAUUAAAAUAAGAAUUAGAAUUCCGUGUACUUUAUGAGCAUGUAAUUUAUGUAUUCCUAUUAAAACUCACUGUCUCCCUUGCAUAAAUUUGAUUAUCCUCGUGUCGGUGACUUAAUUUCCCAAAAAAUAAGCCACCACAUUCCAUUGAUCCCUUCUAUAAAGAAGACUAUUAUGUAGUCAAAAAGUUGUACAAUUGGAACGAAGAGAAUUUCAAGAAAAGUCAAAACAUUCAACAACUCUCUAGGCCUGAUAAUCGGCUCCAAGAAGAUGUUAACUCUCAAAGGCAAUAGUAAUCUCAUCACGAUCUAUGAGGAUGGAAGAAGAAUUUUUCUAUCUGAAAAAAAUGGUCAUUGGCUAGUAUAUCUUUGGUGUCAAGUGGACAGAUCCUACAAUAGAUGUGUUAAAUUUGAAGAUAAAUCCAUAUUGGUUAGAAAGUUAGAUAGAUGGAGAAAUUACAGAACACUCCCACCGCUACAUCCGAAUCAAGAAACACUCAAAAGCGCUUUGAUGCCACCGUUAAGGUUAUAUCUGAGUUUGACCCUACAGCUUUGGGCGAACUAUCUUCCAACACACUACUCAAUCAGACAGCUUAAAUGUAUCAAGAAGCGUACAAUAUGUGAAUAUGGCUUCAUUGUGAUUCGAGCCAACAUCAAAUAAGGCUAUGGAAAUUGCUGGUGCUAUUGCAAGCAUAGUGCAACUUUUCUGUGGACAUUGCUGUUUGAAUGACUCAGUCUCUGAACGAUGCAGCCAUAUGAGAAAACCUAAAAAAGUACUACAGAUAUUGGAAGACAAAAUGGAGUUACUUACUGCUCGAGAAGAUGAUGUGAAACAAAAGUUACAAGUGGAAAAGGUGUGGAAUGGGAUGGAUCCGACAGCUGAAGUGAAGUUGUGGCUUGAAAAUGUGCAGAAGAUGAAGAAUAUCAUGACAAGUUUGAAAAAGGAAAUUCAAGAUAAUAUAAGCUGUUUAUGUGGAUAUUUUCCAAACUAUUACCGUAGAUUGAAGUUGGGGAACUCUGUUACUAAAAAGAUGCGUAAGGUUCAGGAGCUCCUUGAUAAUAGCAGAUUUUCAGACAGUUCAUUGGUUAAUAUGGUGCCAGGGAGAGGAAAAACAUUUCCGGGAACUACAUUAGUAGGGGAGACUGCCAAAGGAAUUUUGCUGAGAACUUGGGAGUACCUGAUGGAUGAAAAUAUUGGAAUUAUUGGUAUUUAUGGGAUGGGAGGAGUGGGGAAAACAUCCAUCAUUAAAGAAAUUAAUAAUCAACUGUUAAGCAAAAAGGCAAUCUUCGAUAAUGUUAUUUGGGUAACAGCAUCAAAGGAUAUAAAUCUAGAGAAAUUGCAGAAGCAUAUAGCGAAAGAGAUAGGCUUAUCUUUUCAUGAUGAAGAUAGUGAAAUUACAAGGGCUAGUGAACUAUUUGAAGCUUUGCAAAGAAGAGGUAGGUGUCUGCUAAUAAUUGAUGAUUUGUGGGAGGCAUAUUCUCUAGAGAACAUCGGAUUUCCUAACCCAACGAAGGAAAAUGGUUGCAAAUUGUUAAUAACUACUAGGUCAUCAAGUGUAUGCCGACGCAUGGAAACAGUACAAGAGAUUGAAGUUCACGUGCUUUCCAUGGAAGAAGCGUGGGACUUGUUUCAACAGAAGGUUGGCGAAGAGGUUCUCUCGUCCCCAAGAAUACGAGACCUUGCUAAGGACGUUGCGAAAGAAUGUGCUGGUCUACCACUAGCACUCAUUACAGUUGGACGGGCUUUGAGAAAAGAAAACAACAUUAGACAAUGGCAAGCAGCAUUAACUGAGUUGAGGAACUCAACUGCUAACAUUGAAGGGGUGGAUAAUCAAGUUUUUGCACGUUUGAGAUUUAGCUAUGACAGAUUAAAGGAUGAUAUGACUCGAUCAUGUUUUCUGUACUGCGCCUUAUACCCAGAGGAUCAUAUUAUUGAAACAGAAGAGCUGAUAAAAUACUGGUUAUGGGACAGUCUAUUGGGUAGUUUUGGGAGUCAAAUAGUGAAGAUGCGACUGGGUAAGAUGAUUCUUAAUGAGCUAAAAAGUGCUUGUAUGUUAGAGGGUGUCUAUCAAGAUGGACAUACUGAUGAAUAUGUGAAGAUGCAUGACGUAAUUAGGGAUAUGGUGAUUGCACUUACCAGAGUGAACUCAAGUUUUAUGAUCAAAGCUGGACUUGGUUUACAAGUGCCUCCAGUGGAGAAUGAAUGGCCUCCGGAUCUUGAGAGAGUGUCAUUAAUGCGAAAUGAUUUGAGCUCUUUAAGUCGUGAACCAAAAUGUCCUAAGCUUUGCACAUUGCUAUUGCAGUACAAUUCCAUUAACAAAGGAAUACAUCCAACUUUCUUUCGUCACAUGCAAAACCUCAAAGUUCUGAACUUAUCGUACACUGGAAUUCACCGUUUACCAGAAUCACUAUCAGAUCUGGAGAACCUUCAUGCUUUACUGUUGUGCAGUUGCUGGAACUUGUGCUAUGUGCCAACUCUAGAAAAGCUCAAGGAGUUGAGGGUUUUGGACCUCUCUUACACAUCAAUUGAGCACAUGCCAGAGGGGAUGAAUAUGUUUGUUAAACUUCAACAUCUAAACCUCUCCUAUACUAAAGUUUAUGAAAUUCCAAUUCUUGUUUUGCCCAAAUACAAGUUCCUGGAGAGCCUCUUUAUUAUUGGCCUAUGGCAAUUUAGUCUGCAACCAACCUUUGUUGAUGUUCUGGCAAGCUGCAGCAGUUUGGCAGUACUUGAAGCAAAUUUCAGCACUAUGCAAGAAUUUGAUAAGUAUGUAGCAUCAGGUCACUGGUAUAUGCUAGAUAGUUUCAGAUUUUUCAUAGGUUAUAUCCCUUCCUCUACUCACACAGGGAAAAAUAGCAUCGGAUUCUUUGGGGUUCAUAUCUGCGAAAGAUUAAAUCCUGCUUGGUUGCCUGGAAGGAUUCUUGAAUUGGAAAUCCAUGAAUGUUCAGGUAUUACUCACCUACCAGUUUUUAUAACAGCUGCAGCUUCUCGACUUCAACUCUGUAAGAUAAGAUAUUGUGAUGAGAUGAAAUGGAUUUUUACUGCAGAGUGGAGCUCCUUUUCCAACUUAGAGUGGUUGGAAAUUGAGGGUCUGAGCAAUUUAAGUCAAAUCUGCAAAGGAAUUCCACCAGCAGGCACUCUUGCAAGCCUUAAAAUAUUGCAAGUCACAGCAUGUAAUGAUCUAAAGAUACUCCUUCCACUUGUGUUGGUUCAGCACUUAAGAAACCUUGAAGAAAUCACAAUUCAGAAUUGUGACAAAAUCAUGGAGAUAAUUGCAGCAGGAGAAGAAAAUCAAGGGGUGACAGAAGUAAAUGAUGGGGAAAUUAUCCUCCCAAGAUUACAAAAAUUGAAAUUAAGUUAUUUGCCAGAACUAAAGCACAUAUUCAAUGGAAUAAUGACUUGUGAUUCCUUAUCCAGCAUUGAAGUUUAUAGGUGCACAGAAUUGAAAAUGCUUCCAUUUUUUGUGGAAAUCAGGCAGCAGUUACUCCGUUCUCUCAAACAGAUAAAAGGAACCAAAAGGUGGUGGCGGGCACUAGAAAGGAACCACGAAGAUGCGCUCAACCUAUUAUAUCCGGUCUUCAAAGAAGUGCAAGAGAACUCUAGUCUGGAAGAAGAAGGAGAAGAAGGAGAAGGAGAAGAAGGAGAUAUGUGUUCCGUACACAGUGAGGGGUCAAUAAAUUCUUCAUAUGGUCCGAGAUAAUGUUGUUUGAACAUAACUUACUGAAGUAUAAAAAGAACAGAGAAACUACUCUAUAAACAUCAUAUAUUAUCAUUAAUAUGCCAUAUCUUCAUUAUCUAAUUUUUUAUUUAGUUUCCAUUGUUUCUUUCAAAUUUAUAUGAUAUUUCAUCAAAUAUUGACAGCAGUAGCAGAGUCCAACGCUCAGGUAAGAGUAUUUUUCUAGUUCAGCAUGGAAGAGCUUUGAACAAGACCAGCACGAUCCAUCUCUUCGCUUGGUAACUUAUCCCCUAUUUUAUCCUUUGCCAAUGCCAGGGCAAAGAUUUUGUGGUUGCUUCAUAUGGUAUUUAUCCAACAUCAACAUGAGACUUGUUACUUGCCAUAAUGACCAUUAUUUCCACGAUUAGGGGAAUGAUUUAGAGUUAAUAAUUGUCCUUUGUAAUCGAUAAAUGAAGUUUUUAUUUAAUUUCCAGAAAUGUAAGGAAAUAUGUGAAUAGCCAUUACACAAUACACAUUUCUUGUCAACUGUUCUCAUUUGCUCAGUUAACCGAUUUUUAUCAGAGUGAGAGUUAA